AUGACUCCAAGAGACAGGUCACAGACAUGUCACCCAUGUUCUUCAAGUCAUUCUACACCACCAGACCAUGCAGAAUUUACCCAGCAAUUUUCCGGUCGCCAGGACAACAAUGUCUAUGCCUCGCUGGAGAAACGUUAUGACUCCUUGGUGAAGACCGUGCGAUCCUUGGAGGGCAAUUUGGCGGAUCACAACUUGGCCACGGACAAACAACGUACUGACACCCGACCAGAGGAAGUUCACCACAUGUACACCAUCAUGAAGUCCCAAAAUGAGCAGCAGCGAGCUGAUGUGGACCAGAUCUUCCUGGAGAAACGCAGCCACGAGGAAGAAAUCGGUCGCAUGGAGCAAGAAAUUGGUGCCAUUGCCAGGCAGGCAGAGGAACGUUUGAAUGAAUUACAUCCCGACCAACGCAGGGAGUAUGAUGAGCUCAGGGAGGAAAGCAAACGGCUGAGUGCAGAUCUCGCUGAGGCGAGGGAUGAAUUGGACCAGGUCAGCGGCAGGUUGAAUGCCAUGGAAAGCAAGCUUCGUAGUGACCCUUGGCGGACACGACAUCGACAGCUCAAUCAAACUCGCCGGGAUUUGGAAACUCAAGUGAAUCAACUUCGCGAGGAGGUCCAGCAAGGCUCCAUGAGUAUUCCAGAACAGCGGGAGAUUCUGCUCUCAAAGGUUAAAAAUGACAAUGCUGAGAUCGUGGCGACUGAGAAGUCGAACAGUGAGCAAAAGUUGGAAAAUGAACGACUGCGUGCACAAAUCAGAGAAGUGAUCGCAGAUGUAGAAGAGAAGAAGGAAGAGAAUAGCGACCAGCAGAAGUAUGAGAUCCUCUUCACCAAGGACCAAGAGAUGACUGCGUUCAUUGAGGGCUUUGCCGAAGCCAAGGCUGAAGAGGAGCGAAAAAUCAAAGAGAAGCACGAGAGCAUUGAACGACUGCAGCUGAUCAUCUCUAAGAGUUUGGAGCUGCCUCCUGAUGUGACUCCAGAGUCGCACCUCAGAGACAUGGAAGAUGAGUUGGACUUCAAGAAAGCGCAGCUUCAAAACUCUGAAACCACUCAGAGUCGCUUGGAGGCUGAGUUGGCCAAACGCGAGGGUGAGCUGGAAAAGAUCGAAAGUUUGGAUGUGAAGAUUUCCCUGGAGUUGUCGCAGGUCGAAGAGAAGAUGAGACAGUACGAGACGGAAAUUGUUGAGCGCUACGACAAGAUCGAAGAAAUGAAAGCUCAAGGCGCUCUGGAAGCCCAGCGGCUGGAAGAUUCCAAGAAGGGUCUCGAGGAGAGAUCGCAAGCCCUGCGGCAACAGGUAAAUGUCCUUCGGCUCCGCUACGAUGGCAAGCGUCAGCAGCUUCAGGAUGAUGAGACCGCAGCAGCUUUGGAGGCGCAAGAACAGCGGAUCCGGCAGUUUGGGCAGACUCUCCACACACUGCGAUCGUUCAUUGUCCAAAAAACAUCUGAGUCUGACUUCCGUGGGGAGAUGGCUUCGUCGUUGGACAUUGCCGCGCAGCUCAACAAGAUGCUGCAGGAUGGGGCUCUUCCGCGGCCUCCAGGCGUUUGA